GAGGACUGAUCAGAAGUCCUGAGGACGUGGGAGGGAUGAGUUGAGGAGUCCUGCGGGAGUUUAAACUGCCAAAACAAAACGCUCCUUCUCGGUUCGGACGUCAGAUGGACUUGGACCUGACUUCUAAAGAAGCUGGGACACAUUGUUAUUCUCUGUACACACAGCUUCUCGUCCGGUGGAAAGUUUGAAACCCGAGCAACUCAGAUGAGAAGAGGAUAGCGAACUUUUUGGUGCUUGGUUUGGACCUCGACUCCUGGACUGGUGCGUCCCGGAGCGUCCCGGAACGUCGCGUCUUCUACUGAGACCGAAGCAGAGGGUUGAGUAAGUUGAUCCUUGGCUAAUUGCUAACUUCAUUUACGCGUUCAUUCGUGGUGGUUCAGGCUCCGUUUCGCUGCCCUGCGCGCAGCAGAACGUGUGCCCAGACCAGCGCGUCGCUGCGUAACCAGUCCGACCAGCUCACCCUGAAGUAUCGCCUCACUCUCCCGUCAGUGGGUCAAUCAGACCCACUCAAGCCAGAGUUACCAUGGCAGGUAUCAGCAACGCCCACAUGAAGACCCUGGAGGACCUGACCCUGGACUCGGGGUACGGCGGGGCGGGGGACUCGUGUCGGUCCCUCAGCCUCUCCUCAUCCAACCGCUCCACCUCGCAGCAGGCGUUCGUCACGGCCGCGCACCCCCGGGGGGGCAACUGGUGGUACUACUCCGGCUCCAUGAACAGCCGGAACAACAGCUGGGACACGGUCAACACGGUGCUCCCGGAGGACCCUGAGGACAUCUUCUCCAAGUGCCCCCGCCUGCCCGACCUCGAGGAGUUCCCCUGGAACGAGGAGGACGUGGCCCACAUCCUGCGGAAGGUGUCCGGGGGAUGCGGCACCGCUGCCCCGAUCUUCUCCCCGGAGGCGGUGCGGCGCCUGUCCACGCUGCUCCGCCGCGCACUCAUCCGAGUGUCGCGGGAGGCGCAGCGCCUCAGUGUCAUGCACUGCCGCUGCACGCGCUUCGAGGUGCAGAGCGCCAUGCGGCUCGUGCUGAGCUGGGCGCUGGCUGACCACUGCGUCGCGGCCACCGUCCGCGCCAUCUCGCUGUACAGCAUGAGCGCCGGGGAGCUGCUGCGGGAGGGCAAGUCCGCGCGGUGCGGCCUGCGUUUCUCCGUGGGCCGCUUCUUCCGCUGGAUGGUGGACACGCGCGUUGCCGUGCGCGUCCAUGAGUACGCGGCCAUCUGCCUGACCGCGUGCAUGGAGGCGCUGGUGGAGGAGAUCGGCGCGCGCGUGCUGUCGGCGGAGAGGGGCCACCUAGGGCCCGACGGGGCCGGGUCAGCCGAGGCCCUGGAGGGGGUGGUGAACAACGACGCGGAGCUGUGGGGCGUCCUGCAGCACUACGAGCACCUCAUCUGCGGGAAGAACGCGAACGGCGUGCUGUCCCUCCCAGCCCACUUCAGCCCCUACACGGAGGGCCAGCAGGCGGCCGUGGAGAGCCGAGAGGACGCCUACGCCCAGCUGGAGCUCCGCACCCUGGAGCAGUCACUGCUGGCCACCUGCGUGGGCAGCAUCUCCGAGCUCAGUGACCUGGUGUCCCGGGCCAUGCACCACAUGCAGCGCCUGAGCUCGGUGCGGGGGCAGAGCCCGGCGCGCCACGCCCGCCCCCUGCAGGCCGUCUCCUGGUCGCCCGACGCCCUCCACACGCUCUACUACUUCCUGCGCUGCCCCCAGAUGGAGUCCAUGGAGAACCCCAACCUGGACCCCCCCCGCAUGGCCCUGAGCAAGGAGAGGCCCUUCCUGCUGCUCCCGCCCCUCAUGGAGUGGAUGCGAGUGGCCAUCGUUCACGCGGAGCACCGCCGCAGCCUAUUGGUGGACAGCGAUGACGUCAGACAGACUGCCAGACAGCUCCUCCCUGGACUGGACUGCGAGCCGAGACAGCUCAAACCCGAGUGCUGCUUCAGCUCCUUCAAGCGUCUGGAUGCCCGGGCCGCCACCGACAAGUUCCACCUGGACCUGGGCUUCAGGAUGCUGAACUGCGGCCGCACCGACCUGAUCAGCCAGGCCAUCGCCCUGCUGGGACCGGAGGGGGUCAACAGCAUGGACGACCAGGGCAUGACCCCCCUGAUGUACGCCUGCUCGGCCGGGGACGAGGCCCUGGUCCAGAUGCUGAUCGAUGCCGGGGCCAACCUCGACGUGGCGGUGCCCCCCUGCUCCUCCAAACACCCCUCGGUCCAUCCCGACAGCCGGCACUGGGCCGCCCUCACCUACGCCGUCCUGCACGGACACAUCUCAGUCGUGCAGCUCCUCCUGGAUGCGGGGGCGAGUGUCGAGGGAGCGGCCGUGAGGAACGGACAGGAGAGCACAGCGGACACACCGCUGCAGCUGGCGUCUGCCGCAGGGAACUACGAGAUGGUGAGCCUGCUCCUAGCCCGCGGGGCCGACCCCUUGUCAAAGUCUCGCAGCGGGAACGCUCUGACAUCAUCGCUCCACGAGGACAUGAACUGCUUCAGCCACGCUGCGUCGCACGGUCACAGAAACGUCCUGAGGAAGCUGCUGACCCAGCCCCAGAAGGCCAUGGAGGACGUCCUCUCCCUGGAGGAGAUGCUGGCCGAGGGGGUGGAGGAUGAGGAGGAGAGCGGGGGGGGCCCGUUCCUCCCUCUCUCCCCGCUCUCCGGCCAGGGGCCCGGGGGGGUGGGGCCGGAGGAGAGCAUCCCGCGGCUCUGCAAGGCCCGGAUAAAGGCCCUGCAGGAGGCCAGCUACUACAGCGCAGAGCACAGCUACCUGGACGUCACCAUGGAGCUCCGGGCCAUGGGUGUGCCCUGGAAGCUCCACAUGUGGCUGGAGUCUCUGCGCAGCGCCCAGCUGCAGUCCCGGGACGGGGUGACCCUGGCCCUCCUGCGGGACUUCACCACCAUCAGGGAGGAGGACUACUGCCAGGACCUGGUCUCUGUGGGCCUUCCCCUCAUGUUCACCGCCCUCCGCACCACCAAGAAUGACGCCAUCAUUCAGCAGUUGGGCGCCAUCUUCAGCCAUUGCUUCGGUCCGGCCCCCCUCCCGUCCAUCCCUGAGACGAAGCCCUCUCUGUCCGCUCAGCUCGACCCUCACUUCCUGAACAACCAGGAGAUGUCAGACGUGACCUUCAUCGUGGAGGGGAAGCCGUUCUACGCCCAUAGGGUCCUCCUGAUCACAGCUUCAGACCGGUUCAAGAGCCUGCUGCUGUCGUCAGGACCCGACGGAAACCAUGGCAACUGCAUCGAGAUCAGCGACGUCAAGUACAGCAUCUUUCAGAUCAUGAUGUCCUACCUGUACUGCGGCGGAACAGAGUCUCUGAAGACCAACGUGGGCUCCCUGCUGGAGCUGCUGUCAGCGGCCAGCGUCUUCCAGCUGGUGGCGCUGCAGAGGCACUGCGAGCUCAUCUGCUCCCAGCACAUCACCCUGAAGAACGCCGUCAACAUCUACAGGACGGCCAAGGCCCACGGUUCCUUGGAACUGAGCGCGUUCUGCGAGGGCUACUUCCUGCAGAACAUGUCCGCCCUGCUGGAGAGAGAGGGCUUCCGAGCCCUCCUGCUGGGGCCCCAGGCCGGGGCCCGCGGCGGGGGGUCGCCCCGCGUGGAGUCACCCCUGGAGCAGCUGGAGGCUACGCUAGCACGCCGGCUACGCUCACUCUACACCAGCUCCCGAGUUUGAGGAGCAGCCCAUCUGGGAGGCUAACGGAGGAGGCUAAUGCUAACAGAAGGAGAAGGAGCCAUUAGCCAUCUGGGAGGCUAACAGAUGAUACUGAUGCUAACAGGAGGAGGAGGAGCGACUCUUUGCAGUGAAGGGACACGUGAUGAAGUUUGGAUGAUUUUUUUCAAUGGCUGGUUCAACUCCCAAAAUAGGACAAGUCGUUUGGAUUUGGAUUCUACAUCCGCGAUUGGGAGCAACUUCUACGUUUGACACUGUGGGAGUGAGAGACUCCUGUUGUUGCCGUGUACAGUAUGAACAUAUAGAGAGGAGGGAGGUUGGAGUAUUUUUUUCCCGGAGCUCUGGAAGCUGGAACGGAGGAAGAAAGAAGCCACAGGGAAACUCGGGGACAAUGCUGCGCCCUAGUGGCGAACUGCGAGGCUCUCUGAUAAUUACAUGACAGCGCUCUAGUGUCGAACUCUUAUCAUUACAGGACAAUACUGCCUUUUCAAAUGAGAACCGACAAUUUUGGAAAACUUCCGCCCCCUCCUAAUACAAAAAUCUGCCAUUCAUAAAUUAUUUUAGCCUGGAAGAACCGGUUUCAACGGCAGUUUACACCUGAAAAUAAGCAAACAACAAAGAUAACUGUAGCAAUGUCAAUGCUACUCUCCACCUUUACUGGGCUCCCCCAGACAAAGGACGCAGGGUGAUGGUGUUGAAUUCGGUUCAUUGCAACGACAAUUGUUUGCUGAUAAUGAUACAUGGCCUGGUGCUCCAUGUUGCCAUGCAGGAGAUCUCUCCCUGAGUGUGUUGUGUGUGGUGACGGCUGGUUACACCUGGGCACAUUGAUCGCUCAAUGCACAACAGGUGUGCAGCCUCACCAAGCCGGCCCCACAGUCAAAUCAGACUUGGACCAGGGGAGGUUGCUUCAACCAGCCAUCAUCCACACACACUCCCACAAUAACAUGCAGACAUUUUUAUGUGAUUAACAAAUGCAUACAGGUUAUUGCUGUAGUGGGGGGGAAGAGAAGGGGUUCAUAUCGACAUAAGCUUUGCAUUUCUCUGCUGCAGAAUGGGAUAGGACCUUUGGUUUUUGUAAAUGUCUCUUUUUAGCAUUUUGCUUAUGAACAGAAGAGAGGAUUGAGAAUAUAACAUUUAACUGGGAUGAUAUUUUCUAUUUAAAGAAAGAAAAAGAUGUGAGUAUUUAAGAGGGAGUUCCCUUUUCUUUAUUGUGUUUUUGAUUCAAGCAAAUUAUUACGAUUAAUAUUGAUGUUAAAGUAGCUUUUGUGUUGCUAUUUGUUUGUUACUAACGGUGAAUGAAGCUGAGAGUUUAUGCUUUACAAAGAGAGCAGAAAGGUAGCCUGGCAAAUUUUUUAAUUCCCCGGUCUGGUAAGUCUCAUUACACUGCUAAUAAAUCAUUGGUUGGAUAUCCUAUUUUUUUCUAUUUGAAUUUUCCAUGAAUCACAAUAUAUUUGUGACUUAAACUGCAAUCAAUCAAUGAUGUUUCAAUUGUCGGAUAAUGUUUCAUAACACAUUUUAAAUAUCAACACAUUAUUUCGGCUCUCCAGAUUUGUGGACGUCAUUGUAAGCAGAAGCUAUUGAGAUAAACUGCUCUGAUGCUUUCAUUGAGAUUAUAAUAAAGGCUCAAGACUGGCUACCACAA